UUUCCGACCUCCUCUUCAGCUUCAAGAACAACCCUCUACCUCAACUACUAGAUAAGUAGGCCGCUUAUUUAGAUUCUCGUCGUCUUUCCAAAAAAUCCUAGUAGAACAGCUUUAUUGUUUAUAAAGGACAGGGAACGUCGCGCCGCACCUUUUACCUGGAAGGACAACGACAACUACAUCAAACAUGGCCUCCCAUUUGGAUCCGUACAUGCCCAUUACUGCUGGGGUCGCAGUAUCUCUCCUGACGGGCCACUGCCUUGUCACGAAGGCUCUUCAGACAAUCCUCUUUCGCCUGAAGAUUACCGAUGCUAGUACCCCAGAUGCGGAGGUGAAGAAGGUAGUGGAGUCGACCUUCUACAAGCGCGUCUGGGCCGCCCAGUUGAAUGAAGCUGAAUACGCACCAGUGUUGAUUUAUGACGAAUAACCGAAACCGAAGGAAGUGCAUGACCUCCAUAGAAGAUAGACAAGAUACACGACUAACACUUCUGAUCGUAAUCGUCGCAUCUCGAUCUACCGGAUCCUAGAAGAUAGACUGUUGAUAAUCAUGCUUUACUUCAGCACGCUUCAGCACUUCUUGAUGAUGAUCAGCAUCUUCUUGUUCUUCCCAUGUUACUUUAUGUUCUUCCCAUGUUACUUUAUGUUCUUCCCAUGUUACUUUUUCAUGUGUUCUUCCCAUGUUACUUUAUGUUCAUCUUUCAUACUUCCGCGGGUCUUGGCUACCUGGCUUUGAAAGGUAAGGAGUGUUCUGCGGCUGCGACUUUGGCGGUUGUUGGACAGGUCUGGUACUACUGGACGCGCGCUUUCAUUGGUAACUCGAAAGAAGGAGGCGUUCAUCCGCCUCCUUAUGUACCUUAUGGACAAAGACUUCUGGAGCUCUGGCCGCUGCCUGUCGCAAGCCAGAAAUCUCUUAUAAUCUUCUUGAUCUUAAAUGUCAUUCUGUAACAGGACGACACGACUCUUGGUCAGAAUUAUUUUCUUAUUUACACUAAUAAUUCUCUUUCUCAUUUUCGGUAGUUAGAGUUAACAAAGUUGACAUUUCUUCCCUUCUGGAAAUUUUAUUCCUCUACAAGAAGUUCUUCUAAUUCCGCGGCGUCUUUAUGAGACAUUUCGCUCUCGGAUUCAUCGCAUACGAAAUGUGGUGCUGCGCGUCGAAGUAGAGUGCAGAGGUGAAAAUACCAAACUAGUGGUUUGUUUCUUUAGGGUGUUGAAAUGGUCACUAUAUGAGAGUCUUUUUCUUGAGAAGGAUGAAAAAAACAAGUACAAUGAAAAAUAUUCAUAUUCUAAGAAAGAAUCUACAAUCGAGUGGUUCAGGAUCACGAAUGCGACGAUGCUCACUACUACUACUACAACAACGAAAGCUGUUUGGAAACAUGUUUGGCCGAUUCUGAAGUCAUAAUCGAUAAUAUCAUCUACCACUGCCUCUUCGUUGUGG